UCGAUGGGAUAUUCAUCCAAGCCCAUAUCCUUGUCAGAUGACAAUUUCCAUGUAUGACUUUUCGUCAUGUCACCUGCAUAGCUGGGUGUUAUUCUGGGAAAGAGCACUUUGAACAAAUAAGAUGGGGAUUGGCUAGACAGAGAGGGAUGGACGAGCUUCAACUCAUAGCCAUUUGAUUGGGAAGUGAAAGCUAGUACAGCCAUUUUGCGUCUGAAAGCCGUUAUUUUGUUCGUACUCCCUUUAGUUCGAAUCAAGUAGAGAGUAUCUGAUUAAAGGGGAACUUGCUCUUUGCUCAUUCAAGUAUAUCAGACUGGACAGGGAUGAAGCUGGCGACUCAAUUAAUAGGCAAACCGUCGUUCGAACUCAAGAAAAUCGGUUUGUGGUGGCCCUUUGCCUCCGCCCGCCCGCUAGAUACUCGUGUCAGCUACAAGUGGAGGCUUCAAGCACACGGCUACGACUUCUGUCCUUUGACCCCCACCUUCCUUUUUCUUUCGUCGGCGUUCACACCACCCAAGAACAAAAACCUUCCGCUAUUAGCCGUGGAGACUGAAAUGAACCUUCUGGCACCAGCAUGCUUAUGUCAGUCAGCCGACCUUCAUUUGGAGUUUAAGUUGCUUUCAGUUUCAGACCUCUUCAAGUGAGAAGCGGGUCGUUGCCCAACUUGGGGACAUGCUGUGCGGACUGUUCUGCACCAGCAUGACCCACGAGGAGACCUCGUUGAAACGGCUGUUAAGCAAGGAAAUAGCCAAGAUGGGAUCUCCCACUCGCCAGAGCUGGGUGUGAUUCCAUCUGGGUGGGUGAGCGCUGGGUGGGUGAGCGCUCCUUGUCUCCUCCAUCCUUCAAAAGGGUUGUUCCGUCUCUGUGGCCCGUGCGCCUCUUUCUCUCUGGGCUCUAGAAAUGGUAUGGCUCUGCUGAUCCAGCAUCACCAUUACCACCUCCGGCGCAAACUUAUGUUGUUGGAUGCAAGGUUGGUCGCGGAUUCUGCGAGGGCUACGUCACCAUUCCAUGUGCAGAACUGGGAAGAAGGACGUUAUAUCACCAGCCAGACCGCCUUUCAGACCGCCGUCAAGGAUCCCCCGCCGCGCCCCCUCCACCAGCAGCAGCGGCGACGUGAUCGCCAAUUCGGCCACCACCAACACGAGUUGGAGCAACCGAGACUCGAGGGCUUCCUCCUCCAGUAGGCAGUCGCUCGCUAGCCUCAGAGAAUCCCUCCCGGAGAACCCCCAAAUCUAUUCUUUCCAGGAGAUUUGCCGGGCUACCAACAACUUCCUCGCCAAGACCAUCGGCCGAUCUCCUACGUGGCAAUGCUCCGUGGGCGGUCACGAUGCCGUUGUCGUACGUCGACAGUUCAGGUCCACCUCCGACGAACUCCGGGUGAGGCUACGGUCGACCUGCGCCGCGCACCACGGUAACGUCGUCAAGCUCCACGGAGCGACUGUCUCCGGCGCACAGAUCUACCUCGUCUACGAGUACGUUCGUGGCGUCAGCCUCGCCGACUGCCUUCGAAACCCUCGGAACCCUGGCUUCACCGUGCUCAAGACGUGGACCUCGCGGAUGCAGGUGGCGUCGGACGUGGCCCAGGGGCUGGAGUACAUCCACCACUAUAUGGGUGAGAGCCGAGUCCAUGGGCACAUGAAGAGCAGCGGCAUCAUCAUCGCCGACCCGUCGCUCACGGCGAAGAUCACGCAUUUCGGGGCGGCCGAGCUUUCCGGCGAGGCGACCGCGGGUGCCUCCCGAAGCCCGCAGAGGAUCAAUGGGACCAAGGGCUACAUGGCUCCGGAGUACCUCGAGUGCGGCACCAUCAGCCCAAAGAGCGACGUCUACUCGUUCGGGGUCGUCCUCCUUGAGCUCCUCUCCGGCGAGGAGCCGGUGAAGUACCGAUUCGACCGGUCCGGAAAGGACUACGUGCGGGUGUCGCUGGUGGACACCGCCAGAAAGGCGGUGGAGGGGGCGGAGGAGGGUCGCAUCCGGCGGUGGGUCGAUCGAAGGCUGGGGGACUCCUUCCCGGUGGACGUCGCCGAACGAACGGUACGUUUGGCCCUUGAUUGCGUCCACGACGAUCCAAAUCGACGGCCAGAAAUGCGCUACGUGGCAGCCAAGAUAUCGGAUUUGCUGAUGAAGUCGAAGGCAUGGGAGGAGAAGACGAAGCCACCGCUUGAAAUUUCUGUCACCGUAGGCCCCAGGUAGAAGACUCGAGCUUCCCCCCAACUUCUCCCUCACUUAUCCUUUCUUCCUCUCUGUCUUACGCUUCCCUGUACUCGACGUCUGACGUCCGUCUGGGAUGCAUUUAAUAAGUAUAUGUGGAACAUUCUUUCAGAUAUUCUCAAUGGUGGGUAAUUUUACUUU